ACAAAAAAGGUGCCGGAACUGAUGCCUCAGCUUAUGUCAUCCUACACGAUGACCAGAACAACACAACACCACCAAUCCUUCUAAAUAACACACUUCGCAACGACUGUGAACGUGGAAGUGUGGAUACUUUUGCAGUAACACCAAAAGUUACUGCAUCUUUACACCAGCCCAUUAAAAUAAAGCGGAUUGAGUUGUGGCAGGACGGGACAGGAUGUGCCAGUGAUUGGUUUGUGGACAGGAUUGAG